AUGCGAGCCUCGGCGAGUCUUAUUCUGGAAUUGUUACUUCCCUUGGUGGUGGUGACAAGUGGUGCUAUGGAUUACUACAGGGAGAUAAAACGGUGUACUUCCGGUGUACCGCUCACCACCGUGAUCCAGUCGUUUCCUGUGACGUCACGGAUUAGAUGCGCUGACGUCUGCUCGGAGACGAGCACGUGCAAGGCGUUCAGUAUGUCAAAUGACGGGACGCGAACGUGCAGUCUGCACAGUGAACCACCAACUGUUGUGACGUGUCCAGCAGCUGAGAGACACUUCCAGAAACUAACGAAGGCGCCAUGUUUAAACAAGGGUGUAUAUAGCAGUUUAACAGACACCUGUCAGUGUGUUGAUGGUUACAUAGGAAGUCGCUGUGAGAGGCUAAUGCAAGACUGUGCAGAAACCAAUUGUUCAGAAGGAUACGAGUCGGGAAUAUACGACGUAAAAAAAGCGAAACUCUGGAUUUUUCCAAAGUUGGCUCCGAUUCCUUUCAAAGUUGAAUGUUGGAUGAAGAAUGUCGGAGUAACUAUCAUGCAACACCAGCUCUAUGGCAACGUCAGUUUUGCGCGGUCGUGGGCAAGUUACAAGUCAGGGUUUGGAUUUAAUUUCGGUGACCUAUGGCUGGGUAAUGACCUCGUGUAUUACAUAACCAACAGUCGACCUCAUACACUACGGAUCGCCGUCGUUACCUUCACGUAUACGUAUAACCAUGUGCAGAUGGUACGAUAUCACACCUACAACAACUUCAGCAUAUCUGACGAAUCAAGCCAAUACCGUUUGUCAUUCUCCACCGAAAGUACAAAGACCGAUCUGGGCGACUGCUUGACGAUUUUGAAAAACGCGCCUUUUUCCACCAUUGACGUCAACAACAUUGACACGUGCGCGUCGGAUUUCAACGCUGGUUGGUGGUUUACGGCUGGAACGUGCUCUGCGUGCAACCCCAAUGGCGUCCUGCGCAGAGAUCUUGACUACUGGUCACGUAACGUCAAACACACGCACUGGACACUGGUACCAUACAAUUUUGGGAUUUUAGAAAUGGCAAUGCUUCUUAUAGCCAGCCCGUGA